UAGACACAUUUCAGACAUCUUGCAUUUUUCAGUCUGAAAGAACAAAUUUAUAAAAUACCGUUGACUUCAUCGGGCCAAGCGAACCCGAAAUAACAGGGCCUUUAUUGUUGAUAUUCGUGACUUAUUUGUAUUUCGAGCGAAUGCAUGUGAGGUUAUAGGUGGCUGAACCGAGAGCUCGCGUGCCAAACCACUGAGUGGAUUGUCUCUCCCGGGGCUCUCGAGCCGUAUUGUGCGUCAUUUUCAUAGCUGCAUUUUGUUUUUCUAUCGAGGCAACAUGGCAACUCCCGCCGCGGUAAAUCCAUCGGAGAUGGGCAGUGAGUUGCCGGGGCCAGUUACUAUGCCGGGGGCGGUGGUGGGGGCGGGCCAAGUGAGGAUGGGCGGAGCCAUGCCGGGCCGCGGGGGCAAGAGGAGAUCCGGAGGGAUGGACUUUGAUGACGAGGAUGGGGAAGGACCAAGUAAAUUUUCAAGGUAUGAUGAUGAUGAUCAGAUACCUGGUGAUGAUAAGGAGAGAUAUGCCAGAGAGAACCACAGCGAGAUAGAGCGGCGUCGCCGUAACAAGAUGACCCAGUACAUCACGGAGCUGUCGGACAUGGUGCCCACCUGCAGCGCUCUGGCCCGCAAGCCAGACAAACUGACUAUCCUCCGCAUGGCUGUGUCCCACAUGAAGUCCAUGAGAGGGACCGGGAACACGUCCACUGACGGGGCGUACAAGCCCUCGUUCCUGACCGAACAGGAGUUGAAGCACCUCAUCUUGGAGGCGGCCGACGGCUUCCUGUUUGUGGUCGCCGCGGAGACGGGACGCGUGAUCUACGUGUCUGACUCGGUGACGCCGGUGCUCAACCACCCGCAGUCGGAGUGGUUUGGCAGCACGCUGUAUGAGCAGGUGCAUCCUGACGACGUGGACAAGUUGCGGGAACAGCUCAGCACCUCAGAGAAUUCCAUGACAGGGCGUAUCCUGGACCUGAAGACCGGAACAGUGAAGAAAGAGGGGCAACAGUCGUCUAUGAGGAUGUGCAUGGGCUCCAGACGAUCCUUCAUCUGCAGAAUGAGAUGUGGCAGCACCCCACUGGACCACAUCUCUCUUAACCGACUGUCCAACAUGAGGAAGAGAUACAGGAACGGUCUGGGACCCUCGAAGGAGGGAGAGGAUCAGUACUCUGUGGUGCACUGUACCGGCUACAUCAAAGCAUGGCCCCCAGCAGGUAUGACCAUACCAGAAGAAGACACAGAGGCAGGACAGACCAGUAAAUACUGCCUUGUGGCCAUCGGAAGACUGCAGGUGACCAGUUCUCCCGUUUCCAUGGAUAUGAACGGCCUGACGGUUCCCACGGAGUUCCUGUCGCGCCACAACUCCGACGGCAUCAUCACUUUCGUGGACCCGCGGUGCAUCAAUGUGAUUGGAUACCAGCCUCAGGAUCUGCUGGGGAAAGACAUCCUGGAGUUCUGUCACCCAGAGGACCAGAGUCACCUGAGAGAGAGCUUUCAACAGGUGGUAAAGUUGAAAGGCCAGGUGUUGUCUGUGAUGUACAGGUUUCGUAUGAAGAACAGAGAGUGGAUGUUAAUCCGCACCAGCUCCUUCACCUUCCAGAACCCCUACUCCGAUGAGAUCGAGUACAUCAUCUGUACCAACACCAACGUCAAGCAGCUCCAACAGCAGCAGCAGGCAGAGCUGGAGGUCCAUCAGAGGGACGGCCUGACAGCCUAUGACCUAUCACAGGUGCCCGUUCCCAGUGUGGGAGGAGGGGUUCACGAGGCGGGCAAGAACACUGACAAGACGGACACCAUGUUCUCACAGGAGAGAGACCCGCGCUUUGCUGACAUGUACUCCGGCAUCUCUGGCUCUGGUGAGAAGAAGAUGAUGGUUCCUUCGUCUACGGCGGGAGGUCAGCAGCUCUACUCCCAGAACUCUCCCUUCCAGCCCGGACACUCUGCCAAGAGCUUCAGCUCCUCAGUGAUCCAUGUCCCGGGGGUGAACGAUAUCCAGCCGUCGGGAUCGUCCAAUCAGAACCUAGCUCAAAUCUCCAGACAGCUCAACCCAGGACAGGUGGCCUGGACUGGCAACAGACCCCCGUUCUCUGGCCAGAUCCAGGUGUACCACAUGCAUAUUGGUGGCUUUGGCUCCAUGUAUUAUCCUCCAUUGGAGGUCAGCUGUCCUCUUAUCAAUAGGAAGUUUGUGAAAAGAGGCUCUUCAAAAAGACACAUCCCUGGUGGCGUGCCGGCCUUACGGGACUUCACAAGAACUCUCCAAGCCUGCAUAACAGACUCAUAG